CCCUCUGGUGAAAGGACGAACUGUUUGAUUCAGAAUCCGAGUUCUUAUCGCCGAAAAUAAUGACCACUGCAUGCAUACCUAUUGCUUAUUGAUUGCCAUGCAAGUCGUACAUUGGUUGGAAAAUGUUGCAAGGAUCUACACUUCUAUGACUUCUGCUAACCGCUCCGAUAACUAUUGAGAAAGACAGUUAGUGUAAUUUAUUGGUUUGAUGUAUCUGUAAAACUUCUGAAUCUGGUCGCGAACACAGGAACGCCAAUAGAAAAUAUUUUUUUUUCACUGGAGAUGUACAGCAUGCAUAUCACUUUCAUUGGAAGAUGGGGUGUCUGAAGCUCGUAUGAAAAUGCCGUAAGUCAACCAGGUCUCUGGAAUAUGAAACACUGCCAUCCUUGAAGUUACCAAGGAGAUAAUGAAAGGAAUAUAAUUAAUUUUUUCUAUCGCGAAAUUUGUAACGGGCUUAGAGAGAAGAAUGCGUAUGGUAUCUUGCUGAUUGUGCCAGUAUAAUCCUCACUCUGGGAGAAAUUUGCGCAAUGGGAUUCUCUCGGUUUUGUGCUUGUUAGAGCGAUCAUAAAUGUUGAUUCUGAAAUUUAGAUUUUUUUGGUCAUAAACCUACAUCGUUGUUGAAUACGUUUUCAAUGGAUAUAUGUCCGUACGAUAACGUGGAAUUUCCGGUCCAGCGGCAGGGUGGAAUCGAUACUUGGGAGGGAGUGUCCGGUUACUCCGGCCUACAAACCAAGUCUUACAACCAGACAGUUGUGAGGGACAAAGUGACCUCCUCUCUCGCCCCUGUGUUCGAGAAUGAUGAUGGAUCCACCGAAGAUAAUUCGGAAAUUCCUAAAGUUGAGGACCAAAGACAACAGAUAACUGUUACCCCUGCUUCAGCGCCCGUCAACAAAAAGGAAACAGCAGUGAGUUUCAACAAAGGCGUGUAUGUAGUAAACAAUUCCAACCAGGCAAACAACCAUAAACCACAACCCAUCGUAAAAACCUCACCCAAACCACCGCCAUCACCCUCCCUAAGUUCAAUGGCCAAGGACACAAAGACUGUUGUCAUCGAGCAACCAAGAUCCAUAGCAACGGCCUUCACCCGAGUUGAUUUCAACCCGAGGUCACAAGAAGUGUUGGAAACGGCAUACACACGCCACAAGCAUUUCUACAAACUAAAUGAGACACUUUUGGACCAAGUCAACGACAUGAAAGAAAAUGUUUGGGACGUGAAAGGAAGACCGGGAGAAAUGUUGACAUACGAACAAUUGAUUCAAGGUAUGUUGGAAGAGGGUGAGAUGCUUGUGUUGGGAGGGUCUUGGCUCUAUUACAACAACAUCGACUUCCUGGACGCAGAGGGUGUAACGUCCUUGAAACCCUCCAUUGGAAAAGGAAGACUCUGCCUGACCAAUCAACGUCUGCUUAUACUUUCAGCGGAAAACGUGUUGGAUGCAAAUUUAGCAGAGUAUGGUGAUCCCACCCGAACAGACGGUGGAUAUAGAAUUCAAGUCUCCAAAUAUAACAGUGUCUACAUUCAGAACCUGCCACUGGCAAGUAUCCAAGGUGUGGAGCUGUCGGUGAGUGUCGGAACUGCCGAGGAAAGCCGCGUAUCUAUUAGGAACCCGAUUUGUGAUGGACUGUGUGCGUGCUUUGGAAUCGGACGUUGUGCCACCACUUGGAGAACCUCAGAUCCGCUCCCUGUUCUAAUUAACAAGCGUGUCUUAACUCUGGGUGUGAAAAUGCCGCCAUGGCUGACCAAGACUUUAGUUGUUAUUCAUCUGAACCAAGACAUGCCACUAAAUAUGGCUAGAGACUUUGUUGCCAAACUUCAUCAUCACGCUCCUCUGUACAAUGAACGUGCACAGGGUUACACCAGUGUGUGACGUGUGUUUAAUAUCUAUCAUUGUAAUUUUUGUUUUGUAAAAUAAUGCAACUAUAUGAAUUAAACUCUUCAAUGUUUUAA